AUGUCGACCGUGGAGUCUGUAGACCUGUCCGGAGUCUCCAGUGAUGGAGAAGUUGGGCGGUCUCUGACCGGGAAGCGCAGCAUCCGCGAGGUCCGAGCAGCUGCGGAGGACUUCGAGACUCUCAGGGGUCUUGUGUCGGAGCUGGGGAAGUUGGACCGCCAGCUGGCAGGGAGCAAGAAGACCUCACCCUCAGGGUCGAUUGGAGCUGCUGCCGAGGUCGUCGUCGACCAUGCUGACGGUGAGGAGAUGGUGGACGUGGCCGUUGAGGUGGAGGUCUCGGACCGCGACGACAACCCUGCGGGGUCUGCGGCUGCGGCUGAGGAUGUGCCGCAGGUGGAGGAGCCAAACACGAGAGAAGAGGUUCGCAGGCUUUGCCAGCUCAUGACGGAGCAGCAGCGUCACAUGACUCAGCUGCUGGCCAGGCAGACGGAGAGUGAGGUCUCAGACGGCUUGCUGGGCCUCAUCUUCAACGGCCAGGAGGCCGAGGCGCUGAACAUGGUUCGGAACCUGAGGCCGGCUGCGCUGGCCAACAUGGCUGACCCCAGCGGCAUGAAUGCGCUUCACUGGGCAGUUCGAACCGCGUCCCUGCCCCUCGUGUUUGCUCUGCUCGAGAAAGCGCCGCAGCUGGCCAACGGCACCACGGGCAUUGGCAGAAAUCCUCCACACUGGACUCCCCUCAUGAUCCUCGCAGAUCAAACUCGCUCUGCCAAUCCGAACCACCAGCAGAUGACGUCUGCGCUGUGCUCCCACAUGUCACUGAAUGCCUUGAUGACAAGGGGCGGCACGCUGGCAACGGUGUCCCACCUGGCAGCUGGGAGGGGCAAUCUUCAUGUCCUCAAGCGAGUGUUAUGGCGCAUCUUCGACUGUGGUGGCCAGGAGGCAGUGAUUGCACACUUGGCCAUCGCCAACAGCACGGCAUCUAGGCAGCAGUAUGUUCUAUUCCAAACUCGCAGGCACACUGCCACGGUGUCCAGUGUCUGA